AUGGCGCUGAGGGCGAGACAAAAAGUCAGAGCACCUAGGAGGGCACUAGGCAGCAGAAGCGACAACUUUGAAGCCGUCUGGGGUGUACUCGGCUCUGCUUUACGUGAAAUACACACCAAAAAUGCCUCUUCGUUAUCGUUCGAGGAGCUGUAUCGCAGCUCAUACAAAAUCGUGCUAAUGGGCAAGGGCGAUGAACUAUACGAACGGGUCAAGCAACUAGAACAAGAAUGGCUGAGCACCCUUGUCAGUCAGAAUAUUACAUCUUCAAUCUCCCCUGUGUUACUACUCAAUAUUGAUCCAUCGGAUACUACGGAUCAAGCGAAUGAGCGCAGAGCUGCUGGUGAGAAAUUCCUGGCAGCGAUGAGAGGGGCGUGGGAAGAUCAUCAGCUUUGUAUGGGCAUGAUCACGGACGUGUUGAUGUAUAUGGACAAAGCGAUGAACAAUGACCAGAGACCUUCAAUAUACACGAUAUCUAUGUGUUUAUUCCGGGAUCACGUCUUACGUUCGGCCAUUCCAGAGAGUGACCUUAGCAUAUACAAAAUACUCGAGUCUACCGUUCUUUUCAUGAUUCAGUUGGAACGAACGGGUGAAAUGAUCGAUCGACCUUUGAUACGGCAUUGCAUCUACAUGCUAGAAGGACUCUACGAAACGCUAGCGGAAGAAGAAUCGGCCAAACUAUACCUUUCUGUCUUUGAACCGGCCUUUCUACAAAUCAGUACCACAUUUUAUCAAAAUGAGGGACGACGAUUACUUGAGACAGCUGAUGCAGCUACAUUCUGCCGUGUCAGCUCCGAGAGAAUAUCGGAGGAGGAAGAGCGUUGUCACGCUACUCUAUCGCCAUACUCGGAACAGAAGGUCAAAGGUGUUAUAGAUGAACACUUAAUCAGCAAGAAUAUCACCGACGUGAUCAAUCUUGAAGGUAGCGGAGUCAGAUAUAUGCUGGACCACGACAGGGUCCAAGACCUUGCCAAUGUCUACGAGCUCAAUGCUCGAAUUGAUGCAAAGAAGAGCGCAUUAACAAAAUCCAUUCAAAUCCGCAUUGUUCAACUCGGUAACGAGAUUAACGCUGCAGCCAAGGCUUCUGCGACAGCACCUGCACCGUCAAAAUCCACAUAUGCAGAUGGCGAGAAGAAAUCAGGAGAAAAAGAGAAACCCGCCGCGCCACCUGUGAAUCAACAGACAGCAGCAGCAAUCAAAUGGGUUGAUGAUAUUCUUAGUCUGAAGAAGAAGUUUGACGCGAUAUGGGAACGAGCGUUUUCGUCGGAUCAAGGCAUGCAAACGUCGUUUACCAACAGUUUCUCGGAUUUCAUCAACUCGAAUAAUCGUAGCUCCGAGUAUCUUUCAUUAUUUUUUGACGAGAAUCUGAAGAAGGGAAUCAAAGGCAAGACUGACGCGGAGGUUGAUAGUCUUUUGGAGAAUGGUAUUACACUAUUGCGAUAUAUCCGCGACAAGGAUCUCUUCGAGACAUAUUAUAAGAAACAUCUUUCACGACGGUUGCUCAUGAAACGAUCGGUCAGCAUGGAUGUUGAACGACAAAUGAUCUCCAAGAUGAAGAUGGAAGUUGGCAAUCAAUUUACGCAACGACUCGAAUCAAUGUUCAAGGAUAUGGCGGUCUCAGAGGAUUUGACGAACAGUUACAAGACGCACAUGUCACGAGCAGCAGCUGACUCGAAGAGAUUUGAAUUGGAAGUUAGCGUGUUGACAAGUACCAUGUGGCCGAUGGAGAUUAUGUCAAGCUCCAAGGAUGGCGAUGUGCAGUUGCCUUGCAUAUUUCCCAAGGACGUCGAUGCAGUACGACAGAGUUUUGAAAAGUUCUAUCUCGAUAAACAUAGUGGCAGGAAACUGUCCUGGCAGGCAGCGAUGGGAACGGCAGAUAUACGAGCGACGUUUCCCCGUGGAGAUGGGAAAUAUGCACGCCAUGAUCUGAACGUAUCGACCUAUGCGAUGGUUAUCUUGUUGCUCUUCAACGACCUCCCCGUGGAUGAGUCUCUUACAUAUGAAGAGAUCCAAGCGCGUACCCGAAUACCCGACCACGACCUCAUCCGAAACCUACAGUCCCUGGCUGUAGCGCCCAAGACCCGCGUCCUGAAAAAGGAUCCUAUGAGCAAAGACGUUAAACCCACCGAUCGAUUUUUCUACAAUCCCUCCUUCAAGAGUCAAUUCACGAAAGUGCGCAUUGGUGUGGUAAGCAGCGGCGGAAACAAAGUCGAGAAUCAGAAUGAGCGUAUCGAAACAGAGAAGAAGAUGAACGAAGAGCGAGGUGGCAGUAUUGAAGCUGCUAUUGUUCGUAUCAUGAAACAACGCAAGAAACUCGCUCAUUCACAACUCAUCACUGAAGUCCUUGGCCAACUGGCCUCGCGCUUCGUGCCGGAUGUGAACAUGAUCAAGAAACGAAUCGAAAGUCUAAUUGAUCGUGAAUAUCUGGAACGAAUUCCAGAUUCUGAGCCGCCGGCUUAUGGAUAUGUUGCAUAG